AUGGAUGCCAUGACUCUUGCGGGAGCCGAUGGCCAUCUGUGGCAAUGCGCGGUUGGCCAGUCCAAGGUGCGCAUCCGUGGGCCGCAGGACUUGAAAGGUGUCUGCGUGGAGGCAGUAGCAGAUGCCGAAGUCGAUGAGACACUCUUGGCGGAGGUGCCCUUACUGGCCACUCCUCCCUCUUCGCCCGCGCAGAGAAAGCGCGUAGAUGCUUUUUGCAAGACUCUCCCCGAGGACACCCGGGAAGACCGUUUGGUUGCACUGCUGACUAGACGCUGGAUUCCCGUGCUUUGUGCCUUUGCCGACGCACCGAAGGCGACCCAAGAAGCCGUGUUGAGCUUGCAGUCGGACUUCGAAAUUCCCGAAUGCAGCAUGGCUCUGGCGACGGACCGUGUGGCCACGGCUUUAAGCCUUUGCGGAGUGUGCUCGGGCACGAUACCGAAGUCCAUCUCCCGGUCAAAGCUCUCCCUGGAGCGGAUGCACGAAGUGCUGAAUGUCAUGGUCAUCAAUGCUGCAGACACUCUUCCGGACGGCGGCGAGGCCGUCUUCUGCAUCGGGGCCCUCUUCGAGCAUUCUUGCGAACCGAACGCCUGCUUCUGUCUCAGCUCGGGGGAUGCCUCGCUAGCUGCGCGGCUGGGUCUCAAAACCUCGGCGAAGCGAAUCUGGAUAGGGGAGUGGCGUGCGACACGACCUGUGCGUUCGGGUGAGGCCGUGACGGUCAGCUAUCUGGAAGCAGAAAUGCUGAAGAGCCUCCCGUCUUUGGUUAAGUUCAGAUUCCGAGGUGCAGGGUUUGGGGAUGAGGCUAUGCUACAGGUAGAUUCAGGUGUUUGA